AAACCUGAUUGGACCCUAAACACACGUUUCAGCUGCUUGUUUCCUUUUGUUUUCCUGCAGGUGAGAAAUGGUGAAGUUGCUCCGAUCUACGUCAUCAACCUUCUCAUCUCUGACCUCAUCCAGUUCUGCUGCAUGAUCGUUGAGGUGGCACAGUCUAAGAAAUUGAACGUGUACUUUUCUGACUACUGGGAGAUACUAUAUCGGGUCUUCAGCUAUAUUUACUCCUACAGUCUGUUUGCCAGUGUUGGCUUCAUGGUGUGCAUCGCUCUGGAAAGGUAUUUGGUCAUCGUCCACCCACUGUGGUACCGCUGCAGACGAACCAUCAAGUCCUCUGUGCUGGUCUGUGUCCUGGUCUGGAUUCUUCCUGUCGUCUGUGUCCUCACUGAGCGUUUCUCUUAUGAAAACGAGGUCUCAGUCAUUUCCAUCAUCUUUUACCUCCUUCCUCUCCCUUUGAUCUUAUUCUUCCUGACUGCGACCCUCAAAGCCCUGUAUGCUUCCAUCUCGGUCCCGACUGACGAAAAAAGACGAAUUGCAGGAAUGUUGAUCCUGGUGCUGCUGAUUUACACGCUGCUGUUCCUGCCCGCCAUCAUUGUGAAUGUGUUCAGCUAUCCACAAGAUGACAACCCAGAUAUUUACCCUCUCUAUGAACUGGUUCCUAUGUGUGCAGCUCUGCUCUGGACUGCUCUGGCCACGCCCACUCUCUACCUGAAAAGAGGAAGUGUGGAUUAA